ACGUAAACCAAAAAAAAAAGGGCAGGAGACUUUUUACAGAGGCCUUAAACAUCAUUCAUUCUGUUUUGACUAUUCUACUGCAACUUCUUCUCUUCUGAUAAUCAAAGGACAAGACAAAAGACAAAGAGGCAAGUGAAUUUGUCGGAGAAGACAUGGAGAAUCUGGUUGGACUUCUUAGAAUCAGAGUGAAGAGAGGGAUUAAUCUUGUUAGUCGUGAUUCUAAUACCAGCGACCCUUUCGUCGUCAUAACCAUGGGUUCUCAGAAACUGAAGACUCGUGGUGUGGAAAAUAGCUGCAACCCUGAGUGGGACGAUGAAUUGACGCUUGGAAUCAAUGAUCCUAAUCAACAUGUGAAUCUCGAAGUGUAUGAUAAGGAUACAUUCACCUCGCAUGACACGAUGGGAGAUGCGAAGAUAGACAUCACGCCGUUUUUUGAGGCUCAAGGAAUGGAUGUUCAAGAACUCUCUGAUGAAACCGAGAUCCGUAGAGUGAAGCCGAGUGGAGACAACUGUUUGGCUGAAGAGAGCAGAAUCAUCUUUAGUAAUGGAAAGAUUGUCCAAGAUAUGAUUCUCAAGCUGAGAAAUGUUGAAACCGGCAAGGUUGAGAUACAAAUCGAGUGGAUCAAUGUUCCUGGUUCAAGCGAUCUUUGAAAGACACAUGUAUAUUCUGUAGAGCAAGUUUCUUGAAUUGUAUUAUAUUGUAAUAAGGCAGUGACAAUGUCAAUAUACUCAUACCUAACUCAUAAUGUUAUAACUUGCAUAUGCGCACACACA